UUGAUGAUCAUCACGAUCAUCAACUCCGAAACCGUCCGCCGAGAAUGCCGUUUCCACACCGGCAUCUGUACCAGAGCACCCUUUCGGCACGAAGGGUGGAUCCCACGUUCGGAAAAUGGAGUGAAAUUGUGGGUAGAGCGGUUAAUUCUUAUCUGCUAUUUUCAUGCCCCCAUCACAAACUUGGCCAAUCGAAAGCCCCUCCUUUUUUCCCCAUCUCGACUCCGAUCGCCUCCUCCUCCUCCUCCUCCGGCGAGAGGCAGCGCCAUUUUUAUGGCCUUCGUGUUCCACAACCAUGCAGCGGGCGAUCUGACGCUGGGGAAGCCGGAGCUCGUGGAGUUCUCGGAGGCGGAGACGCUGGAGGCCGCCGUCUGGGCCAUCGCUGCGUCCCCCGAGGCCACGAUCCCUGUCUGGCGCAAGCGCUCUCCGGCCGAGGAUGCAGCCGGGAUCCCGUGCUCCGAUAGGUUUUUGGGGAUGAUCAACUCGCUGGAGGUGGCCGCCUUCCUCGCUAGGACCGGCGGCGAUCACGACCGCGCCAUGCGGACGCCGGUCUCGGAGGUCGUCACGCCCAAUCCCAGCCUCCUGAAGGAGGUGGAUCCCCGCGUGAGGUUAGUCGAUGUUCUUGAGGUGAUGAAGACAGGAGUUAGAUGUUUGCUCGUGCGCAAAAGCUCAAGCGGCCUAGAAUCCAUAGCCACCAAAGCGAGCGACAACGCUCGACCUUCCACUUCGUCUUCUUCGCACCACGACGACAGGUUCUGCUGCCUCUCCCGCGAAGACGUCGUACGGUUCCUGAUCGGCCACCUCGGCGCUCUCGCUCCCAUUCCGCUCUCCUCCAUCUCUUCCCUCGGAGCUUUCUCCCCGCACUACUCCCACAUCGAAGCCUCUUCCCCCGCCAUGCGAGCCCUCGCCAAGAUGCCGAACGACCCCUGCGCCAUUGCAGUGGUGGAGACGAACCCCGACGGCACUCACAGGAUUCUCGGCGACAUCUCGGCCUACAAGCUUUGGAAAUGCGACUGCCCGGCCGCCGCGUGGGCCUUGAGGUGCCUGUCCGCGGGGCAGUUCGGGAUGGGCGUGGAGGACGGCGACAGUUCACGGGCAGAGGAUGCGUCGAACGGCGGCGCCGGGGGGAGGCCGAGGAGCAUGCGUUGGGGGGCGAGCAAGCCGCUGAGGUGCAAGGACACGAGCUCGCUGGCGGCGGUGAUGGCUCAGAUGCUGUCGCACAGAGCCACGCACGUCUGGGUGGUCGACGCGGAGUCGGAGGACGACACCUUGGUGGGUGUGGUCUCGUACACCGACAUCUUGGACGCCGUCGCCAGGUAUCCUACGAUCAUGAGGCCUCGAAAUAUUUGAUUUUCCCUUUUUUUUCUUUUUCUUUUUUUUUUAAAAAUAAUUUUAAAUUUCUUUGAACGGGGUUUUGUUUCGGUGGUAAAUUUUAAAAUGCUUCCUAAUAUUUACUAAUUUACAAUGUUGAGAUUUUGAUUCA